AUGGUGGUUCGGUGGGCUUUCUGUGGCUGGGAGUCACAGAGGCGGGAAGCUUUCCCGCACUGGGACUCCCAGGGACAAGAUGUGGUUGAGUUAUCAGCAGACCCGUUACAACUGUAUCUGCUAUCCAGUAUAUUAACAUCUGCUUGCUCCCACACACAGGGUCUUGGUGAAGAUGAUAAUUUGGCAUCAAACAGAAUAAUAGUCAAAGAAAACGCAUCUGAAUUGCUGGUUGACAAAAUGGCAGAAGUUCAAAUUUUUGUCAGUAGUCAAAGCGAUUCUUAUAACAGAGGAACUGUUGGCUUUGUUCUAUAUCAGAAUGGUAAUUUCUUUCGUUCCAAAAAACAUACACCUAAAAUCAGUUUUAGAAAGAGAAUCAUUUCUGCCAGUCUUUCCAGUGGGACACUGGGAAAUAUCCAAUUUAUAUUUAACCCACAGCAUGACCCACUGUACAUACUGCAAUCCUAUACAUGUGUUUUUUGGGAUUAUAAACUGAGCGACUGGAACACAAAAGGUUGUUCAAAUGUGGAGAAUGAUAAGGGCUUCCUACAAUGCAGCUGCAAUCACACUACCAACUUUGCUGUUCUUAUGAGCUUUAAAAAACACUCUCACUAUAAAGCUCUAGGAAUUGUGUCAACCGUUGGAUGUGCCCUUUCUAUUGCUGGAUUAGCCAUCACCAUUGUUUUUCAAAUAUUGCAAAGGAAAAUGGAGAAACAGCAGACUAAGUGGAUACUUUUAUGCCUGUUCAUAUCUAUGUUGAUCUUCAAUAUUAUCUUUAUAACUGGAGUGGAAAACAAUCAACCAAAUUCAACAGACAUCGAGAAACAUCCUGAUGAAAUCCCCAAGACCGACUUGAUAGAGCCCCCCGAGAAUCGAUCAUGCACAGCGGUAGCGGUUCUACUUCAUUACUUUCUUCUUACAACCUUUCUUUGGACUGCAGUCUCAGCUGCCCUCAUGUAUAGGCAGCUAGUUCAAAUCAAACAUAUGCUUCCAUCUCACUUAACGAUGUAUUCCAUAAUCACUGCAUGGGGUUUACCAGCAGUAUUUGUUGGCAUAACAUUUGGGGCUACUUACAGCGUUUCACCUUCACACUAUCGACAAGAAGAAUUCUGCUGGCUGGCUACUUUGAACACCGCUGGUCACUUUGACUACGGAAAACCAAUGUUUUGGUCUUUCCUCUUACCUGUGGGAAUCAUUCUUGCCAUGAACGGUUUUAUCUUUGUUGCAUUGAUGGUUAAAGUUACUUGGAAAAAAGAGGACGAGACGUUGCGCAGCACUAAAAAAAAGGUUUCGCUAAUAAAAAAGAUUUCAAAAACACUGUCUUUGAGCGUGUUGCUUGGGGUAACCUGGGUUUUUGGAUAUUUAAUGCUGGCAAGUGAUGACACAGCAAGAGACAUAUUCAGUUUCCUUUUCUGUGCCUGCAUCUCAACUCAGGGUCUUCAAAUAUUUUUAUUUUAUACUCUAGAUAAUAAAGCAUUCCUAGAGAAGGUAUCUGCUUUCCUUCGUUUGUUUAAUUCGUGCAGAAUAUACUUACAUUCGGAUAGGUAUUUUGUCAACAAGGUGCAAACAAGCUCAAAGUGGAAAGAAAAGGAAAGAUUUCGACUCUUUGAAGAUUCAACUCAAGGGUUAUUUACCAACAACAAUGAUGCUAAUAAAGGAUAA